AUGUUCGCAUCUUCACUUGUCAGCCCUCAAGACUUCCACGAAGCAUACUCACAAUCCCAAACCCACAAUGGCUCCCAAAGAAUCGUCCCUGUGGCUGCGGGGCGCACCGCACACAUUCCUUUUUUCAACGCCAACCACAUCCCCGGUUCAGUCACCAUCUCAAAAGAGCUAUCUAAACUCGGGCUCCGACCCAGCGACACCAUCGUGGUCUACGAUGCCGCAGAGAUAGGAACCUACAACGCGCCGCGAGUAGCGUGGAUGUUCCGCGUGUUCGUGCACAAGGACGUCUACGUGCUCAAUAACUUCAGAAUUUAUCAUCAGCUGCAGUUUCCUGUGGAAUCCGGGGAUAUUGUUUCUCUUGGUGUAUCUUCAUCUGGGGAGAUAAAAGAGGCAGAGACGUAUCCUAUUCCUGAGAUUGAUCAAAACAUGGUGAUAUCCUACGCGGAUCUUCAAGAACUUCUCGCUGCGCAGAACGAGGGUUCAUCUGACUCAGCGUAUCAAAUCCUGGACUCCCGUACGAACGCACUCUUCACUGGCUCAGAAGGAUACUCAGAUCCAAGUAUCCAGAGAGGCCAUAUACCCGGCUCUGUGAACAUCCCGUUAUCCACAGUAUUAAAUGAGGAUGGGGCGAUCAAGACGCCAUCGGAAUUGAAGGCCCUGUUUGAACAGUCUGGGGUCAGUGAGCGGCCGGUGAUAUUGAGCUGUAAUUCUGGUGUUACGGCGGCGGUAGUGGAGGUGGCAUUGACAGAGUCUGGGUAUGCCAUGCCGAAGCGGUUGUACGAUGGGAGUUGGAUGGAAUGGGGGAGGGUUUCUUCUUCAGCGUUUAUUGAACGCGGAGAGGAAUGA